AAAGUCACCCAUUCGCCCACUUGUUUUAUAGCAUUUGAUCAGAAGAACAAAGUAUUUCAUUCUCCCGUGCGGUGUAACACUGAUUCAAUCCCAAGUCUCAACCAUGGCGUUGUACGUGCUAUCUCGCCGUUCAUCACAUCCCUCCACUUCCCAAUUCUUCCUCGCUCUCCGUUUCGCCGCAUCCUAUUCCAGAUCCUAUUCCUCUUCCUCCUUCAGGGAAGAAAGAGACACCUUUGGACCCAUUCAAGUUCCUUCCGACAAAUUAUGGGGAGCUCAAACUCAAAGAUCCCUCCAGAAUUUCGAUAUCGGUGGCCCCCGUGAACGCAUGCCUGAACCCAUCGUUCGUGCCUUCGGCAUCUUGAAAAAAUGCGCUGCUAAGGUGAACAUGGAGUACGGUCUUGAUCCCACGAUUGGGAAGGCAGUGAUGCAAGCAGCUCAAGAAGUGGCAGAGGGCAAGUUAAAUGACCAUUUUCCCCUUGUUGUUUGGCAAACUGGCAGUGGCACGCAGAGUAACAUGAAUGCUAAUGAGGUUAUUGCUAACAGAGCGGCAGAGAUUCUUGGUCAUAGGCGGGGCGAAAAGUUUGUGCACCCAAAUGACCAUGUCAACAGAUCACAAUCUUCCAAUGAUACUUUCCCAACUGUAAUGCACAUUGCAGCUGCCAUGGAAGUAAACUCAAGACUAAUCCCCAAUUUGAAAACCUUAUAUUCUACACUAAAUGCGAAGUCAAUCGAAUUCAAGGAUAUUGUCAAGAUUGGACGCACUCAUACUCAGGAUGCAACACCUUUGACACUUGGACAGGAGUUUAGUGGGUAUACUACUCAAGUGAAGUAUGGCAUUGAUAGAGUGAUUGGCACUUUGCCACGAAUGUAUCAGCUAGCGCAGGGUGGUACAGCUGUAGGGACUGGAUUGAAUACAAAGAAAGGGUAUGCAUCCUUUCUGCUAGUGAAGUGGUUUUCUUGUAUGGUCUUCUUUUUGGUUUGUUUAAAGAGUAUUUUCUGGACGGUAAUCAGGGCGUCCGAACCAAGCAAUGUCCACCACAACCCGGCUCAAGGAACUUAUGAAGAGGCAGCAUCCGUGGAUGACAUUCGUGCUCUAAUCGCUGACGCAGAAGGCAACGUGCCGGAACGCGUCUCCAUUGCGGAGCGAAUGAGGCAGGAAUGGUGGGCAGCAGAAAACCCUGACGAGGUUGCUAGGCUCAUAAGCAACACAUGA